AUGAUCAGCAUCGUCAAGCUGUCCAUGGUGGCAUUCGCAGGCGCCGCCGCCGCAAGCCCGCUGGCCGAGACCGCCACCCCGACACAGUCGGGCGAGUGCACCUUCACAGUCACCGAACUCGACGCCGGCUUCACAGGCGACUUCCAGCCGACGGCCACCAUCACGGUCUACGGCAGCACAGUGACGGUGCCCAAACCAAUCGACUGCCACGGCUGCAACCACGUCACCACGACGAGGGAGAUCGCGCCGUGGUGGGGUGGCAUCGGGCCGCAGAUUGCCAAAGUCAUCUACGUCUCCGCGACGACGCCGACUACAGUCAGCACCUAUGUGUGCGCCACGUCAUCGUCCACCCCGACGGAUGUCCCCGGACCCGGGCCGUCGAAAUGA